GAAAUUGGGCGGAUACAUAAAAAGUCCACGGGGCUUCGGAUGCUGGCUCAUUUCGAACACGUCCCUCCUGCGCACCGCCUCGUUAUUCCGUUUUCUUCCCGCCCCGCAUCCAUCCCUCCCUUCGGCCGAGGAACGGCGCCGGCUGACCCGCUCGGAGCCCUUCGAUCACGUCGCUGCGCUUCUGGUGACACCUCGAAAGGAAUUUAAUGAGCCACGAAGACGCCCGAUUUAAGGCUCCGUUUUUUAAAAAAAAAACCCCCUUGUUGAUCGUUUCUGGACUUUAUUACUCUAUCACGUCAAACUUGAGACCGUCUUGUUUGGACCUGGACCUCUACUGAUGGAACAAGCUCACUCCUACGUUCUCCUGCAGCCGCCCAACGCCACCUAACAUUUCCUGGAAGAACGUGUCUGCCGCCCGCUCUCAACAAACAUGGACUGUUUUCCCAUGCUUUAUUUUCUGUCGAGACAUCAUGAUUCCUGGUAAUCGAAUGCUGAUGGUCCUUUUCAUAUGCCAAGUCCUGCUGGGAGACAGCAACCAUGCCAGUCUGAUACCCGAAGAAGGAAAAAAGAAAGUGGCAGGCCCGCAGGGUCGUUCGGACACUCAGAGCCAUGAACUGCUGCGGGACUUCGAGGCCACCCUGCUGCACAUGUUCGGCCUCAAGAGGCGGCCCCGGCCCAGCCGCUCGGUCGCCGCCGUGCCGCGCUACCUGCUGGACCUUUAUCGGCUGCAGUCGGGCGAGGGAGAGGAGUCCGUGGGCGGCGACCAAAUUGCCUUUGAGUACCCGGAAAGAUCGGCCAGCCGAGCCAACACUGUGAGGGGCUUCCACCAUGAAGAGCACAUGGAGAGAGUGCACGAGUUGGAUGACGGCGAGUCCACGCCCUUACGUUUCCUGUUCAACCUCAGCAGCAUCCCAGCGGACGAGCUGCUCUCUUCGGCCGAACUCCGCCUCUAUCGACAACAGAUAUCCGAGGCGGUCGGCGAUGACAACGACAAGGCGAGCCUCCACCGCAUCAACGUGUACGAGGUGCUGAAGGCUCCGCGGCCCGGCCAGCUCAUCACGCAGCUCCUGGACACGCGGCUGGUCCGGCACAACACGUCGCGCUGGGAAAGCUUCGACGUCAGCCCCGCCGUGCUGCGCUGGACUCGCGAGCGCCGCCCCAACCACGGGCUGGCCGUGGAGGUCCUGCACCUGAACCAGACGCGGCGCCACCGGAACCAGCACGUCCGCGUCAGCCGCUCGCUCCGCCAGGAGCCCGGCGAGGACUGGGAGCAGCUGCGCCCCCUCUUGGUGACGUUCGGCCACGACGGCAAAGGUCACCCGUUGACCAAGCGGACCAAGCGUAGCCCCAAGCAGCGGGGACGCAAGCGCAACCGCAACUGCCGGCGCCACGCGCUCUACGUCGACUUCAGCGACGUGGGCUGGAAUGACUGGAUAGUGGCGCCCCCUGGCUACCAGGCCUAUUACUGCCACGGGGAGUGCCCCUUCCCGCUGGCGGACCACCUCAACUCCACCAACCACGCCAUUGUUCAGACACUAGUGAACUCUGUGAACAACAACAUUCCCAAGGCCUGUUGCGUGCCCACGGAGCUCAGCGCCAUCUCCAUGCUUUACCUGGAUGAAAACGAUAAGGUGGUGCUGAAAAACUACCAGGAAAUGGUGGUGGAGGGCUGCGGCUGCCGCUAAAGAGCAAGCUCAUCCGGACUUGGACAAAAUAACUUUAUUUAUAACUUUUACGUUGAGGUGUACGUUUGUCUCACUUUUUAAUUGUUGUUCCUUUAAUAAUAUGAUCAUAUAUUUUGACAAAAUAUACAUAUAUAUAUUUAUAUCGAUAUAUUAAAAAAAAAUAAGUUGAGUCCUUAUUUUAAACAUGGGGCGGGGGGGGAAGCUGUACAACUUUUCAUCAUGUACAUUAGAUUGUAUACGUUUUUUUAAACUGAUAAAAUAGUAAAGAUGAAAAAAUGAUUUACUGGUAAUAUUUAUUGCUUUCACCAUCAUAUAAUUUUUUUUUUCCCCCAAAAGAACAACAUUUUAUGAAUUCCAGAAGAUCCAUUUUAUAGAAUGCUAGCAUAUAUUGCCAACUAUGCGCGGUUGUUUUCUUUUUACGCACAUUACUUAAAUAUAUUGUCGCUCUGCAAUGAAACGUCUGACUUGCCAAAUUUUGUAAACUUUGACCCAAAAGAAAAUAAAUUUUUGCUGAGUUUUA